AUGUUACGCCUCGUUCAUGCCCUUGGCCGAUCCCAGAAGGACCGGGAGCUGGGUCUGGAAGCUCACACGCGACCCAACCCGCCCAUCAACGAGGUCGUUGCCUUAGAAAGUCCUGCGCGUGGUGGAAGGUCUCCGUUCGCAGCUUGCGACUUCGUUCUCGAAGAGCCGGCGCCUCUGCGCAGCUUCCGCAUUGCGCAUCCCAAGCUGCUCAAGUCUGUUACGGCGGCCGCUUUUCCAGCCUCAUCCCUCACAGAGCCCGCUUCCGUGAGGUCCACGCAUCCGUCCAAGGAGAAGCCGUCGAAGAGCACAGGGCCUUCGGUGUGCACCAUGACGCCACGGGAAGCGCUCCGAAGAGAUGAUCGGCUGCUACGUCCAGUGGCUGACGUUGUCAGGGCACUGGCUGCAUCGAUCCCAGCAGAACCGAAGCCGGAGCUCGAGAGCUUCCAACAGCGCUGGCAACAGUUCCAGGCCCAUGUGGGAGGCUUGGUGGACACGCGGACACAGAAGAGCCGCGAUGCAGGAGCAUCCACUGCCAGGGCAAUGAAGGUCGAAGUCGCAGAAGCUUCCGCUGCGGAGGAGCCCCCACCCAAGGAGGACGAGCCAGCACAACAGGAGCUACUGCAG